AGAAUAUUGACUUGACGAAGACUUUGAGCAAUGUGAAGGUAGGUAUCAGUUUCUGAGCCCCUUCUUUUGUUCAUCUAAAACCUCAUUAGAUAAAGGAAUACACACACACACACACACACACACACACACACACACAAACUUACAUCAAGAAGCAAAAGUAGGAGAGCAGGAGGAAGAAAAAAACACAGGAGCAGCUGCACGGUGCAAAUUAAGAAAGAUAUCAAAAAAUUAGUGGUAAAAUGGCUUUCCCCAUUCCACACGGGGUCAAGAGGGUAUGGGAUUAAUGGAAUCUCCGUGGUGCUGUUCUUGUCAGUCUCUUCUUCCAGGUAGUGUUAAUUUUCUCUGCAACAUCACGGAAACGAACUGGACAUAGAAUUGUAACCAUGAUGAUCUGGUCGGCUUAUUUGCUUGCUGAUUGGGUUGCGGCCUUUGCUGUUGGACUCAUCUCCAAUGGGCAAGGGGAUGACUGUGAGAAGGUUAGGGUAAAUGAUGACCUUGCAGCUUUUUGGGCUCCAUUCCUUUUGCUACACCUUGGUGGCCCUGAUACCAUCACUGCUUUCUCUCUCGAAGAUAAUGAGCUGUGGAUUCGACAUUUGCUUUGGCUUGUCAUCCAGCUUGUUGCAGUUCUUUAUGUUUCCCACAAUCGAUCCCUAACCAAUUCUAUAUUCCAACUGUCCUCCUGGUGAUUGCUGGAACUAUUAAGUAUGCUGAGUGGACCCGUGCUCUAUAUCUAGCAUGCUUGGGUAAUUUCAAGGACAACAUGCUUCCAAAACCAGAUGCUGGACCAAAUUAUGCUCAGCUCAUGGAGGAAUACUCAUCUAAGGAAGCUGCCCAAGUUCCAGUUGAAAUUGAAAUAGUAAAGGAACCUGAAAAAGGUUUCAGAACUAAUAUACCGGAAGAGGAAGAAUUACCUCAAGAUCCAAAACCAAAACUUACAGAUAUUGAGGUGGUGAAACAUGGGCACGAUUUCUUUAAAAUUUUCAAGGGACUUAUUGUUGACCUCAUGUUUAGCUUCCAUGAACGCAAUGAGAGUCGAAAACUCUUCUUUCAAAGGCAUUAUGAAGAUGCUUUUAAAGUGAUGGAAGUUGAGCUCAAUUUGAUUUAUGAUGUGCUCUACACUAAGAUGGCAAUGGUGCAUCGUAAGGUCGGAUACUUUUUCCGCAUCAUAUGUUCUGUUCUGAUAGCGGCAUCCUUCAUACAAUUUGCAUCCAUUCAUAAAGACCACGAAAUCCAUAGAACUGAUGUUGCUGUUACCUACACUUUGCUUAUUGGUGCUGUUGGCUUGGACUUACUGGCUCUCUUCAAGCUCAUUUUCUGUGACUGGACUAUAGUGAAACUCAAGAAUUCCAAGGCCAAUUCUACUGUUUCUGCCAUCCGUGAGAGAGUUUCAUUUGACAAUAGAUGCCGGUGAUCUAAAUCUGUCUCACAGCACAGCUUGAUAAGAUACUGUAUGAAGGAACGGUUCAAGUGGCUCGACAAAGCAACUGAUUUUUUCGGGCUCAAGGAAUUUUUUGAUGAAAUGCAAUACAAGGAAACCAAACUUGUUAAGGAGAAUCUAAAGAAAUUUAUUUUUGAUGAGUUGAGGGCGAAGGCUCUGAGAGCGAAGGAUUCAAAAACUGCAAAGAAGAUAUUUUCAGCGAGAGGUGAUUGGGUUCUCUCACAGAACAGUUGCUACCACGCAUCCAUUGUAUCAAGCGUGAGCGAGGAGGUUGAAUAUGAUGAAAGCCUUUUGUUAUGGCAUAUUGCUACUGAACUGUGCUACUUCAAAACACCUGAUCACAAUAACCAAAAUCACUCCAAUGAUGAUCGUGAUCCAAAUCGCGAAUUUUGUAAACUCUUGUCAGAAUAUAUGUUGUAUCUUUUGGUCAUGCGGCAUACAAUGAUGUCAGCAGUGGCAGGUAUUGGGCAAAUCAGGUUCCGGUACACCUGUGCGGAAGCCAGAAAAUUCUUCCGCAGGGUGGAGUCAAAAUCGGCAUGGGAGCGUAUUGUGCAGAAAUUGAUGAAUCGUUUUAAAGGAAAACGAUCAGAACCAAAUGAAGAACGAACAAAAGUCUGUGAUAAUCUACUUUCUGUAAAUACAGUUGUCAAACCUGUUGAAGUGAAGGGGGAUAGAAGCAAAUCACUGUUGUUUGAUGCAUGUAUGCUCGCGAAAGAUCUGAACGAAAUGAAGAAAAAGAGGUGGAUGAUAAUGAGCAAAGUGUGGGUGGAAUUGUUGUCCUAUGCUGCAAGUCAUUGCAGAGCAAACACCCAUGCUCAGCAGCUCAGCAAAGGUGGUGAGCUUAUUACUUUCGUUUGGUUGCUGAUGGCACAUCUUGGCUUGGGAGAACAGUUCAGGAUAGAAGCUGGACAUGCACGAGCCAAACUAAUUGUAGGCAAGUAGAAGGUAUAAAAAGCAGUUAAUGAUGCCGGCCUAUUUCCGUUGACUAUGUAACGGAUGUAGUUUUCUCUAAUCUUUGCAGGUGUUUUGAGUUGGAAAUUAAGCUGUGUUUUUGCGUGGAAAGAAUUUAUUUCCUAUGUAUGUUGAAGCUUAUUUUGCUUUUCUUGUCGAAUCUUUUGUUGUAAUGAUUGUGGAGUGAAGAUUCACAUAUUGAUAA